CGCUCCCACUCCCGCGGUCACGUCUCAGCUGCGCCGAACGAUCCAGGUGCCUCAGCUGCCGCGUGGACAGCGCUGUGACCUGCACAGCCCGGGAGCCACAGGGACGACGCCGGGGGACCCAGAAGCCGGCCAGCGGACCCAGUGACUUUUGAGGAUGUGGCUGUGAACUUCACCCUGGAGGAGUGGGCCUUACUGGAUCCUUCGCAGAAGAAAUUUACAGAGAUGUGAUGCGGGAAACCUUCAGGAACCUGGCCUCAGUAGAAGUCAUGUGGUAGAAAAACCUUGUGAAAGCAAAGGUAGUCAGUGUAGAGAAACCAUCAGCCAGAUUCCAACUCCUUAUCUGAGCAAGAAAACUUCUGGAGUAAAACUAUGUGAAUGCAGUGUGUGUGGAAAAGUCUUUAUGCGGCAUUCAUCCCUUAAUAGGCCAAUCAGAUCUCACACUGGACACAAACCAUAUGAGUAUCAUGAAUAUGAAGAGAAGCCAUAUAAAUGUAAGGAAUGUGGGAAGGCCUCCAGUUACCGCAAAUCUGUUCACAGACAUGAAAGGACUCACACUGGAGAGAAACCCUCUGAAUGUCAGGAAUGUGGGAAAGCCUUCACAUGGCUCACAACCUUUAGAAGACACAUGAUAAUACACACUGGAGAUGGACCUUAUAAAUGUAAGGAAUGUGGGAAAGCCUUUAGUUGUUCCACUUCAUGCCGAACACAUGAGAGAACUCACACUGGAGAGAAACCCUAUGAAUGUAAACAGUGUGGAAAAUCCCUCAGGUCUCCUCUGGGUUUGCAAAUACAUGAAAGAAAUCACACUGGAGAGAAACCCUAUGAAUGUAAACUAUGUGGUAAAGCCCUCAGUUGUCCCAGUUCUUUUCGAAGACAUGAAAGGACUCAUACUGCAGAGAAACAGUAUGAAUGUAAACAAUGUGAAAAAACCUUCAGUUCUCCCCUAGGUUUGCAAAUACAUGAAAGAAUUCAUACUGGUGAGAAACCCUAUGAGUGCAAGGAAUGUGGGAAAGCCUUCAUUUCUCUCUCAAGCAUUCGAACACACAUGAUAAUGCACACUGGAGAUGGACCUUAUAAAUGUAUGGAAUGUGGGAAAGCAUUCAUUUGUCCCAGUUCAUUUUGAUCACAUGAAAGAACUCACACUGGAGAGAAGCCUUAUGAAUGUAAACAGUGUGGUAAAACCUUCAGUUGGCCCAGUUCCUUCCGAAUACAUGAAAGAACUCAUAUUGGGGAGAAACCUUAUGAAUGUAAGGAAUGUGGGAAAACUUUCAUUUAUCGCACAACCUUCCAAGGACACAUGAGAAAACACACUGGAGAGAAACCAUAUAAAUGUAAAGAAUGUGGAAAAGCCUUCAUUUCUCCCUCAAGUGUUCGAACACACGUGGUAAUGCAUACUGGAGAUGGGCCUUAUAAAUGUAAGGAAUGUGGGAAAGCAUUCAGUUUUCCCAGUUCAUUUCGAAUACAUGAAAGAACUCACACUGGGGAGAAGCCCUAUGAAUGUAAACAAUGUGGUAGAGCCUUCAGUUGCUAUACAUCCUUCCGAACACAUGAAAAAACGCAUACAGGAGAGAAACCCUAUGAAUGUAAGGAAUGUGGAAAAGCCUUCAUUUAUCGCACAACCUUUCGAGGACAUGUGAGAAUGCAUACUGGAGAGAAACCAUAUAAAUGUAGAGAAUGUGGCAAAGCCUUCAGUCGUCCCAGUUCCUUUUGAAGGCAUGAAAAAUCUCAUGCUAAAUAGAAACCUCUUGAAUGUAAGCAAUAUUGCAAGGGCUUUGGUUGGCCUUUGUCCUUACAUGUGAAAAUUCCUACUAGAAAGAAGUCCUAUAAAUAUGAGAAAGUCUGAUUUCAAUCCAUGUAUAAUGUUCCAGAGAACUGUAACAUGAAUUAUUAUAAAAGUUAUAAAUAUAUUGCCUUUAUCACUGCCUCAUUCUUAAAGUAGAUCUCUAGCCUGUGGAUAUUUACUGCUUGCUUUAAAAAAUGAACAUUGAGGUGAGAUAAUUCUGUAAGUACUCUUUAAGCAAUAGUAAUAUUAAUAUGUAUCAUUUUCUCCUUAAAUCAGUUAACAUUUUCCUCUUUCCAUUUUGGAGUCUGUUUGAUCCAUGGAUGAAUUGAAGUGUAUUUCCAAUGUUCAUGUAGGUUUAAUUUUUGCAUAGGGUUUCAAUUGUUUUGUAAGUCAGGAGUUAUUGAUAAAUGACAUUUUUAGCAUUUGUUGGGAUCUUCCAACUGGCCUCCUCUGCCAGGUACUAGAUAUCCCUUACCUGUUCAGGUUUCAUAGGCACCAUACAGAGAGAUGCAUAGGAACUUUGAGGACACCUGCUUCCAGCCUGUUUUCUUGAUUCUUUGCCAUGCCAAUCAAAAGUUUCCUCAAAACCACAAUCAACUGCUUGACUUGCAUUUUCUCAGAGGUGUAGGUUCCACACAUAUCCUCGGAAGUCCUACAUCAAAGAAGCACCACAGGUUGGAUUUUCCUGCAAGCCCUCAUGUCCACCACAUAGUUAAUUUGAGCUUUCAUGAUUAGGAGUCUUCUCUAAUUUCUCAGACUCCCACCUCUUCUAGUCUUGUUUGCAUAAGGUCUAAUUUGUAAAGUAAACACCUUGUUCUGGUAAUACUACUAGUGACCGUGUGUUCUGAUUCCAUUGUGACAGCUACAGUGGUAUAGUCCAAAAGAACCACACUGGCGUUUGUUCCUCUAUUGCACUGUGCAGUAGUGAGUGCUUUGACCUAGUCCUUCCAUGUGAGGAAGGACUUUUCUCGUAUCAGGCAGAUUAUGGAUGUUCCCUGUUGCUCACCGCUGUACAUAAUUCCUCAGUACAUUUUCAGUUGUGUUUGAUUGUAUGUGAUUAAAAGCAAUGUGUUUUGUUAAAAUCUUCUGUUUCUUGAAAUACAUUGACUUCCAUAUGAUUUGUAUGCUAAAUAUUGUUUUUCAUUUUCUGAAAGCAUAUAUUAAAUAAUCCCUUUGUAAUUAUGAACUUUUUUAUUAACUGUGAUUUUUGUCAAGUUAAUCAUACGUUCUCCCUCAACAUUAUCUUGUGUGAGGUAUUUUUUCAUCAGUGAAAUAUUUUUAAUUUUGUUUUGUUAAUAAUUUUUGUCA